AUGUCAUUUACAUCAUUUAGCACCUCGGUCCUUUACGACGAAAGAUCGGACAGUCAAGAAGCCGUCGAGACUGCGGAUCCCGGUUCAGGGAAUCAUUUAUCUAUCUCUCUUGAUUCCGCCUCCAACGACCCUUCGAAAUACCCGCACGCCAUUCACGAAGUCGCAAAACGCGAUCCUCCGUCCAAACCCAACAACAGCAAGCCUUCUGGCCAGGGAAAACAAUCCAAUGGCACAAAGCCUGACCCAGUCAUAAACCAGACAGCAACUCCUGUGGUCAAGGAUUGGAAGCAUGAGAAAGCUUCAGUCGCCGCUUCGAGCAUCUUCGCGGUUGUCGCUCUCGCUGCACUCGUUCUGCUCAGCUGGACGAUCGUCAAGAAGAUUCGCGCACGCCAAAGACGGAAGAAGGGAGUCGAUAAUGACUCGCUAGAUGAGAGAAGGGCAAGGAGGGAGGCCAUGAUGUUCAGCAAGUGCCAUUCUGCUGGUUCAUACAUGGUCGAAGAGGAAAAGGAUGGCAAAGUCAUCCGCGUCUUUUGCACCAGUCGCAACAAGCUCUGCACAAUUUCCCCCCGUACCUCUACGGGUCAAUUGCCCCUCGAACAGAUCAACUCCGCCUUGAGCAUGAAAGCAGAAGCGACACGUCACAUGGAAGAUCUGGGUAUUACCCAGCGAGGACGCCGCGGCUCUAUCCCGAAGCAGAUUGUGGUUGUAUCGUCACCCCUUCAACCUGCCGUCUCACGAACGGCCGUCCCUCAAGUAUCUGAGCCUGCUGAGGCGCACAUGGCCAGUAUUAGCAAUGAGCUAGAGGCCGAGUGUCCCCGUACGCCAGCGCAUUCACCAACUUCGACCUUGGACCAAGAGUCUGAAGAAGCUGAAAUUUCGCCACGCCACAGCUUUAGAAAGUCACUGCUCCGUCUACCAUCAAUUACGCAGACCAUGUCUCCUCUAUGGAGGCUCUGA